GCCAGUCCCAAGGCCGGGCCGGCGGCCGGGCCGGCGCCCGAGCCGGCACCCGAGCCGGCACCCGAACCGUCCGGCGAGAGGGAGCUGAUGCUCGCCGAGCAGCCGGCGCAGCUUGGCGGCCCGGUCUGGAUAGUGCGCGGACACCGCCUGUCGAAGCUGCUCAUGUUCCGCUGGCUGUCAGCGGUGCUGUUCGCGGCCAUGGCGAUCUUGGUCAUCUUGCUGUUCUCCCCGGAUUUCCGUGGCCCUCCGUCGCCGCCCACAUCAGAGGCGGCAGGACCGGGGGCGUCGGCGGCGGCCGGCGCGGAGCUCCAAGUCUGCCAUCUCGCGGGCUGUGUGGAGCAGGCGGCACAGGCGGUCGCCUACAUGAACCGCUCUGUCGACCCGUGUCAGGACUUCUUCCACUACGCGUGCGGCCGGUUCGAUGAGGUGCAUCCCACCGAAGUCCUGCGCGGUUUCGGCGUGGCAGAGGUGGUGCAGGAACGGAACCGACACCAUCUGAUGUCGCUGCUGCGCCGCGAGGAGUUUUUCAACAAGACGUCUGCAGCCAGCAAGGCACGCACGUUCUUCACCUCCUGCACGGUCAACUACCAGUACAACUCCAACUUCGUAGCCAGCCUGGUGGCACUACUCGACGAGUUUGGCGGCCUCGACCUGUUCGGCACCUGGAAGCCGGCCCGCUGGGACUUCAACCGCGUCUACCGCGAGGCCAGUGCCGCUCACCUGAUGGAGGCGCUCUUCGAGCUGCGCUGGCGCCCGGACACGAACGAGCUGCGCAUGGUGCUGCCGACGCUCGCUAUUGACGCGCGUCUGGGCCUGCAGCAGGACGUCGACAAGUACAACAAAGUGCUGAACACCCUGCGCCAGUCGCUGCGCACCGCGCUGCAGCUGCUGGAGCGCGACGCGCGCGUGGUCGAGAGGAACGUGACGCGCACCUGCGGCCGGUCAUGCGUGGACGAGCUGGCGGACGACGUGGUGGCGAUGGAGGCGGCCAUCGACGACGUGAAGCCAGUUCUGCCGCACAAAUACAGCGCGGCGCUGAGUCGCAUCUCGCUGGCCUCACUGCAGACGAUGGCCGACCAGGUGGACUGGCGCCGCCUGCUGGACGCCCUGUACGGCGAGGGCAGCGUCCCAGACACCGUGCACGUGGUGCUGCCCAGCGCCGAGUUCGCCACCGGCGUCGGGCGCAUCAUCGCGAGCACGCCCGUCAAGCGGAUGCAUCACUACCUGAUGUGGUCGCUCAUCCGCCGCUAUCUGGUGGCGCUGGGACCGACCUACAGCGUCCUGGACCAGGACUUCAGACACAAGUUCAACGAGCAGCUGUUCAAGACGCGGGAGGAGCAGUGCCUCGAGAUUGUGAGCGAAUACAUGACUCCAGCAGUGCAUGCCAUCUUCGUCUCGGGCUACAUCGGCAAGCAAACACUGGAGCAAGUGACUGGACUGGUGGGAGACUUGUUCCGCGAGGUCAAUGACAGCUUUGGCUGGAUGACUGACGCCUCCAGAAAUCGAUCACGCGAUUUUCUCUCAAAGCUGCAUGUAAGGUAUGGCUCAUCAGACCUGGUCACCGAUCCAAGGAAGCUGGAUGACCACUACCGCAACCUGACCAUAACAAGGCAGAACUUUUUUGAGAACCUGAAGGCGGUGUACGGUUUCGGCACGCCAGGGCAGAUUACCCGGGGCUUCGCUUCAGAGCCUACGGCUUCAACACCGGCAGACGUUCGGAUCACGUACGACCUGCGCCGCAACUCGCUCAACAUCCCCUAUGCGAUGCUCCAGGUGCCGUGGUACCACCCCGACCUACCACGGCACCUAAGCGUGGCGUCCUUCGGGUCGCUCAUGUUCGCCGGCCUGGCCAUGCCGCUGCUGUUUAUCCACCGCCUGUCGAGCCUGGAGGACCUUUGGGAUACCGAAACCGCUGGCCGCUACGACCAGUUCCACGACUGCACGCUGGAAGAGCUCAGCAGAACGCAGACCGUACAGCACAGUUACCAGGCAUACGUGCAAGGUGACGAACUGUACGUCGCGCCGCGAAAAUUUACCAUCGACCCAGCCAACUCCAUGCUUCACGUGGUGAGCCAGUACCUUGGCUACCACCUCUCCCACAGGCUGUACAAGAAGCUGCAGAGCAAGGCGCCCCACGUAGUCCUGCCUGGGAUGCAAAACAUCAGCUCUGAGCGGGCUUUCUUCCUGGCGUUCGCACACUCCCGGUGCAGCAACGACUUCAUGUACUGGGGGGCCUUGAGAAGGGAGUCCUUCAUCAGGGUUCCGGAGUCGGCGGUCAUCAACAGGCUCGUCAACGGCGACCCCACCUUUCGCGAGGCGUUCGGCUGCGCCCCCGUGCCUGCUGAAGUGGCGGCCAAACAAUGUUCGCUGCUCCGGUGGCCCUGAGCGCACAGUGCCCGUUGCUCCGGUGGCCCUGAGCGCACAGUGCUCAUUGCUCCGGUGGCCUUGAGCGCACAGUGCUCAUUGCUCCGGUGGCCCUGAGCGCACAGUGCCCGUUGCUCCGGUGGCCCUGAGCGCACAGUGCUCAUUGCUCCGGUGGCCCUGAGCGCACAGUGCCCGUUGCUCCGGUGACCCUCAGCGUUGCCCCGGUGGCCCUGAGCGAGCAGUGUUCGUUGCUCCGACGGUCCUGAGUGGACAGUGCUCGCUGCUCCGACAGUCCUGAGCGGGCCACCUUUUUAUGCCGGCCGGUAAUCUGCCGGCUGUGCCGUUGGCUGUGGGUCAGCCAUGAGCUGCGUGUACGUGUGUCCAGUGUCAACCGGCCGAGAGAGAGAGAAAGAGAGAUGUAUUUACGUCUGUAUAAGGUCAUCAGGCUUGUCAUGCACGCGGUGGCCGGCGGCUGGACCGGGCGCGGUACGCUAGCAUCUUUUGUCUCUUAGCGGGACAUGCGGCUGCGGACCAGAUGCUACCUUUGCGUGCUGAUUCCUGGCCGGCUGCAUGACUCUGGGGCUUUGCAGAUGCUACCUUUGCGUGCUGAUUCCUGGCCGGCUGCAUGACUCUGGGGCUUUGGGUAAUGUGGUAAGCUGGCGUGCUCUUGAUGCAUCUCCUAUGGGCAUGCGUGUCGCGCAUGAAUUGUGCGUAAGAAGCGCAGCUAGGCUUUUGCUCGACACAGGCGGUGGCCGGAGGGAAAGAAGGAAUGGGAGUAUUCGGGCUUGGGUUUAACUGUUGUCAUUUGGCUGUGCUUGGGUUUGUCAUGGUUGACGUGCACAAAUUUCUUGCAUAAUAAAAGAUCUGAAGAAUAAUUCUAGGCAUGCGAGCAAAUAAUUGGCGAGACUGCUGAAAAGUGAGCGGGGUUUGUGUCUGUUGUGUGCCUGAUGCUUUCCGAAUUUCCCCGUCACGUGCUGCCCAUCCGCGCCGGCGGCUGCUCGAGGCCCGUUCGGCUGCAGCUCGAGAGUUCUAGCCGCUCGCCCUGUCGCAGCAUCUGCGUUUCAUACCAACGGCUGUUUUUGAUAUUGCCGCGAUUUUGGCCAGUUUUGCAGAACAGGGCCCACGCUGGGAUUACAAUUGCACGUGGACGAGGACUUUGUCUCGUGAAAUUAUGAACUUUCGUAUUUGUUGCAAGGUGUCUUAAUUCAUCUUUUUGUAUUUCUCGGCCAACACAUAUCCUGUGGUAUUCCGUGAUGCUCCGUGAUAUUUUAAAAGCUGUGGUUCAGACUGUCAAUGAUUUGGACGUAAAAAUAUGAGGGCAGUUGGAAUGUCUUUGGUUUCGUUUGCGUAAUACAUAAAAAUG